AUGGGCGCAUCCGACUCCAAACUCACCUUCAAGCAGGGCAUCUUCCGCCUAUCGGAGCCCAAGCAGAUCCCCGCCGACGAUGAAUACUGGACGGGCUUCUGGCAGCUGCCAGAGUCGGCCGAGGAUGUCUUCUCGCUCUUCUCGCCCGCUGACAUACGGCGCACCCGCGACGACAACCUAGCCAACCUCGAAACCCUCAUACUCGCCGUCACCUCCCGCCUCGUCGUCCUCCGCAACCACCCCUCCUUCCCCGACCCCGAGCUUGCCCCGGAGCGGGAUGCGCUCAACUGCAUACGCGUGCUUACCAGGCUGCUGCCUUUUGUCUACGAAGCAGACCAGCUGGAGUCAUGGGAGGACACGUUCUUCUGGGCCGAGCGCCGCAAACGCAGCCGGCGCGGCCAACUGCUGAAGAGCGAGGUCAUCUUCGACGAGUCGGACCCAGACCCAACCCCAACCGAGGCCGAGCCCGAAUUCACAAAAGCCAAGCCUUUGGCCGAGGAGAUCAUAGACACGCUGAUCGAUCUGCUGUUCUUCUCCGACUUCACGCUGCCCAAGGUCCAAGGAGGCAAGAACAAGGUCUCGUAUGCGAUCUGGCAGAGCGGUGUUGGCUGCAACACACCAGUAGCCUCGACCAAGGAGCUCGAGAGCAACAGGACAGAGAUACUACGGCUGCUGCUCACCUUCGCCAGCAAGUCCAUGUACAUGUCCGCUGCCAUACUACCUGUCAAGGGUGUAAGAGCCGUCACCUACAUGGCUACCUGCCCAGAGAAGCAAGUAGUCUUAUCGGUGCUUUGCUCAAUGCUGAAUACUACUCUGAAAUACAAUCCUGCGACAUGGCGAGUACCUUACGAUCAUGUCGUGUUCAGAGACCAGAGGCAGAUACUCGUCACCUACUGCUUGCAGCUCCUUUUGGUGCUGAUUCUGUACCCCAUACCUGAAGCCGGCAACGGCCCUGCUCCAAAGAACUUCUUCAGGCACUUCCUCGGACGCCUACAUCGCCCACAAGACUUCCAAUUCUUGGUAGACGGAAUGACGAGGAUCCUAAACCAGCCUCUUCAAGCCAACUCAUCAUACCUCCCUGGAAGCCACAAAUCACUGACGUGGGCGCCGGAGAUGAUUAUGCUAUUUUGGGAAGCUCUGCAAUGCAACAAGCGCUUCCGCUCCUUCAUCAUUGACACAGACAGAGCGCAUGACUUUGUGGUCCUGGUGCUGUACUAUGCGAUCGACCAGCGCAACGAGCCCUCCAAACAAGGGUUGGUGCGCAUGUGCGUCUUUGUGUUACAGACUUUGAGUGUUGAGCCUCAAUUUGGCAAGAGUCUGAAUAAGACAUUCGAGGGACAGGAGUCUCUGCCACCAAGCAUACGGAUACCUAACUUUCAUGGGACCUACGCGGACUACGUCAUCACAUCGAUCUACACACUGCUCACAACUGGCAAGGGCAAGCUAGAUGCUGUUUAUCCAGCGUUGCUUGCCAUCCUCAACAAUAUUGCAGCACACGUGCAACACCUUGGGCGUGCGUCGAGUUCAAAGCUGCUCCAGCUUUUCGCCUCGAUAUCUUCGCCUAGCUUUCUGUUGGCCAACGAGACCAACCACACUCUUCUUCAUUCUCUACUGGAAGCGAUUAACGCCAUGGUCGAGCAUCAAUAUAAAUACAACCCCAAUCUUGUUUACGCGAUCAUACGAUCCAAGAAAAAGUUCCAGGCGUUGCGGGACUUCACGCUUGAGAGCGGGCAAGAGGAGAUCGAACGUCAAAAUCAGCUGCGCAAGGAAGGCGGUGCAGAGUUGUCAAGGCAGGCAUCCAUCGACAGCCUACGAAGCCCCACAGCUGCCAGAACCCCAUCGUUGGGCAAUGUGCCAGAAGAAAACAGCGCUUUCGCCAUUGGCAGUGACGAGGAAGAUUCUGAUAUAGAGGAGGCCAGCCCACCUCCACGAUCGACAUCGCCGAUACAGUCACCUCGUUCAGGGGGCUCACGAGGCGCAUCACGAAGCGCAUCGAUAGCCUCUUCGAUUGACGAAUCGGUACCCCAACAACUUCGCGGCAUGUCCGAGAAGGCGCGUGGCAAGAUGCCAGUCGGGCAGCCCACCUUCUCCCGCCAGAACAGCAUGACAAGCCUCGCCAGCGUAAAUGCAACUCCCAUGCUUGGCGCAAGCGAGUUCUUUACACCGUCAGUAACAUGGCUCGAGUCUUGGCUAUCCGAGCUCCCCCUCCAUACCACAUUGAUGCUCAUUCAGACAUUGUCGCCCAAGAUUGGGCCGAGCGAGGACACAGCCUCAGCCCUCCAGACCAUCCAGACCACUACUGUCCCAGGUAUAGACCCAUCCCCGAUCCGCGUGCACCUCUUCGAAUGGUCGACCCUCUCAUUGGGAUGGUAUGAGUCGCUUCUCUGGGGCUUCAUAUUUGCAUCGGAGAUGGUCGUGGCCAAGGGCACAGCUGGCGUAUGGAACAACACGAGCAUCAGGCUGUUCAGGGUCCAGCAAGGUGACGCACAGACGCCGAGCUUGCUUGCGCCAAGGGGUGCAGUGGACGCCGUGGGCAGCAACCUGGUGCAGAGGAUCGGCAGCCUGAACCUUAGAGGUGGGGCGGCAGCGCACACGGGACGAGGAGCAGGAGCUGGUGGCGGUGCGCAGGCGGGCGUCAGGGACGUAUAG